CCCAACAUAAAUAUCAAGGCGGAAUGAAAAAAGGAGGAAGAUUUUUUUAUAUAUACCUUUUUUGAGGCUUCUUAGCCUGUUCCUCAUUGACAGAAAGCUGGCGGCCAUGUCAGCUGUAUGGGACACUGACUAUCUGUGGAGGGGGGUCCAAGGGGCAAAGUUGGCUUCUCUCUUUGGUCUGGACCGAGCAGAGAGUCAGGGAAACGAGUCCUUCCAAUUCACUGCCCCUAAACAGCCCAAAAAGUCCUGCGCCAUAUUAGGCCCACCUUCUCAAAAGCCCGUCACUCCACCAUGUGCUCCAGCUGUGCUGUUUGCUACAGCUGUUCAUGCAUUCAGCUUUGUGAAUGGACAAUAUGUGAAGCAAGGCAAGAUAGGAGCUGCUGUUUUAGGAAACCAUGUCACCAAAGAGUACAAGAUUCUGUUGUACGGCAGUAAACAAAAGCAGAUUACUACGGCUCGAAUCCAUCGUGGAUUUGUUCUCACAGUUCAGCCAUGUAACUAUGUCACUUUCUAUGAUGACCAGCAACAGAACUGGUCUGUAAUGUUUGACUCCGAAAAGUCCAGGCCUGAGUUCUGUAAGGAGGUGUGCGUGGCUUGGUGGAACAGUGAGGCUUUGUCAGACUCUCUGGUCACUCAGGACCUGGUUCAAGGAGAAGGUCAAGCUGUUAAUAUUGGGGACACAGUGGAGGUGGCCUAUUCCGGAUGGCUAUUACAGAACCAUGCUCUAGGACAGGUAUUUGAUUCCAAUCUGGGCAAAGAAAAGCUGCAGCGAGUAAAGCUUGGAGCAGGCAAAGCUCUGAGGGGAUGGGAGGACGGGAUGCUUGGUAUGCAGAAAGGAGGUCGACGGCUUCUUAUCGUCCCUCCUAGUAUGGGUUAUGGGUCAAAGGGCAUCGCUAACCAUGUGCCUGCAAACAGCACUCUGGUCUUUGAUGUUGAGAUUCAUAGAGUUAAAUUCUCCAAAAACCGACUUAGUCGGGGAUCAGUUGACACCUUCAGUACAUCUCCAAGCACCUGUUCAGACUCUCAGAGUGAGGAGAACACCAGCCAGUUGGUCACUGACACAGAUGAGACAAAAGACCAAUCUCCUAAGGGGAAGGUGGAAUCUGAAUGCCUGACAACUUCAGGUGCUUCCAAAGCCAAGUUGAUUUCACGUAUAGCCAAGAUAGGUAAACCCAUGCUUUCCUUUCUCACUGGGGCCAUUCCAGAUCAGCCCGACCCCAGCGACUCAGAAACGGAGAAUACCAGUGGACCGAUUUAUGAUCCCUCUCCUUCAUAUUCCCCCUUCCCAGAACCUGCACAAAUGGCCUCCAUUUCUCCAUCUCAUAUGUUGUUAUAUCAGCCUGAUGAUGCUCAGAAACAGGAAGCAGUGCCACCAGAACCAGACAUAAACACUACUCAAGGCUUUCAGCCAUAUUUUUUAGGACAAAAUCCUUAUUUUCCAACACAGCUAGACUCAUUUACCUCAAUCUACCCAUCCCAGCAAAUUCCAUACCAAGCACCUGAUAUCGCAUCACUCUUGAUGUCUGACGCUCGUCAACACAAUGCAGAAAUUCUGCUGGCUAUUGAAAAGUUAGCACGCAGAAUGGACCAACUUACCUGCAAGGUGGAUGAGUUGCAAAAAGAGGGUCACUACUCUUUCAGACUCUCCUCUGUGUCCUUAGAGACAAACAUGAUGCUACACAACAUUCAGAGAAUUAUUCAGGAAAGUAUGUGUCUGAAAAAGGAGGUUCUGGAGGAACAGAACUGCAAAAUAGGGGAGCUGAGUGAACAGAAUAAGAGGUAUAUGGAGCAGCAACACAACCAGACUUGCCAACUUCAGUCUAAACAGGAAAAGGUACAUUUAUCUGGGGAAUUGGGUUCUUCCACGACACAAGCUAAUCAGCAGCAGCAGGAAGUGCUGAAUCUCCAGCAGAGGGCGACAGACAUUGAAGCUGAACUCAGGGCAGCCCUGGAGGACAAACACAUUCACUGUGCUCAGAUCAGCCUUCUGGAGGAACAGGUGGAAGAGCUUGUGAAGCAAGGAGAACAGUCUGAGCACUGGUGGAGGACUGAGAAGCAGAAGUGCAAAGAGACGGAGGCCAUUAUACAAAACAUGGAGGAGAUGCAAAACCUGAGGGCUGAAAAGAAGAAUCUGGAUCAGGUGACCCGAGUGAUGAAUGGAGUGUUUCAGUCUCUCAGGACAGAGUUUAAUUCGCAAGAGUCUUACAGUGGACACACAGUGCUUGAGAUUCUCCAAAACACCAUCAAGAGUAUCACCAUGAAACUCCUCUCAGAACCUUGGGAGCUUGAAUCAGACGUACGUGAUGAGGAUAAAGUAGAGGAAGAGUACUUGUCUACUGAAGAGUGUUUGCAAAUGGAAAACAUGCAAAAGGAAAACAAUGAAAUGGUGGGAAAGAGCCAGCAUUAAAAACGAAGUAAUUAUGUUAACAGAACAACCAGAACAAAUGAUACUGUGGUAUUUACACUCCAUUCAACCAAUAAGCAUUGGUUCAGUUAAGGAGGCUAAAUUAUGUUCAAUUAAUGAGCAGCUGAUCCUUUCCACGCAUACAGCAAAUUCCGAGAGAAAUAAAACAAGGAAGUUAUUUAAACGUAAAACUGAAAAAACGCAAUUCACAAGCGCGUAUUGAACCGUGGAUGUCAUACCGAACGGUUCGAUAUUAUAUUGAGAAUUGUGACAUCCCUAGUCCUGGAUAUGACACAACUGGAUGUGACUAACAAGGUUAUAAGUCAAGAGAAGUUAACUAGAUCCAUAUAAAUGUAAUAUUUUCUUAGAGAACAUUAUCUAAUUCAGUAUUUACAGUUAAGGCCAAA